GGUGUAUCUUUCUGCACUGUAUCCUUACCCCGUAAACACCAUCCAUCCAACAACAACAUCCCUGGGCCGAUCUGCGAAUCUCCUUCUCAAACGACGCAGCCGAGAAAGAAAGAAAAAAAGAAACACAGCGCAAGGAGGGAGGAGCUUACGAAGAAAGAGGAGAAGACAAGCGGAGAGUAUAAAAAUGGUGAAGGUGUUGACAUACUUUGGGAUGACAUUGGCUGCUUUCGCCUUCUGGCAAUCCAUGGACAAAGUUCACGUCUGGAUCGCUCUUCAUCAAGACGAGAAGCAAGAAAGAAUGGAGAAAGAAGCGGAGGUAAAGCGGGUUAGAGCAGAGCUGCUGCGGAAAGCUAGAGAGGAGGAUCCUCUUGCCUGAUCAUCAUCUUCUUCUUCUUCAGUCAUGUUUUUUUAUUUCUAUAAUCAAAAUUCACUUCUCUCAUGACAUUAUUUUUUCACCGUUGUGGACCAAAAUGGAGUUUGCAUAAAACGACAGUACCAUAUAUGCUUUUGAAUGUGGGAUGAUCAUGAAUAAUAACUUCCUCUUUGUUGGUCUUCUCAA